UAUGCCAGCUCCAUUUUCCGUGGGUUUCCUUCACUUUUCGAAUAAUAUAAACAAACAAAUGAAUGUUAAAAUGUUCGCUACACCAUAAUUUACAGCGUGGUAUACGCUAAUCAAAAAGUAGUGUACAUAUCCGGGAAAACGGCGACGAAGCGGUAAAAGCGGAUUCAAAAUCUACAGCAGCCAUGGUGAAGAUUCUGCAGGCCUACAACUUUGCCCGCCAGCAGACGUACGCCCUGAACGGCGACAUCCUGGCGGCCAGUCUGAUCGGCAACAACCGGAUAGCCAUCAGCAGUGCAGAGCAGUUCAUCGAGAUCUACGACAUAGCCGGCAAGCAGGAUGAUGGCGGUCAGCAGGAGGAGGUUCAACCCAGUGAGGCAGCUGCCGGAGAGCCUGCCACGGCUGCAGGAGAUGAAAGAACGCCGAACAGGAACACGCUGGCCACGGUCGGGGAGGUAGUUCAGUUGAUCUACUGCGAGGCGGGCAAGUACCUGCUCACCCUGGAGAAGGAGCAGGCGGGCAGUCCUGUCCACUCCUCGUCCACCAUCAGUUGCACCUCGAGCAGCAACAGCAACACCGUGUGCUCCGAGGAUGACACCAAGAUGUUUGUGCGGAUCUACGCCAACUUCUGGAAGUUUUCCGAUAGCCGGCUCAACGAUCUGCCCAUCACCAUCCGUAUAGCCUCGAUGACCACGCCCAAGACGCCGCUGGUGGAGAGCAUUGAUGUGAUCGAGCUGCCGCUUCGCAGUCCGCCGGAGCUGGUGCAGUGCUGUCAGACCUCGGGCAAUAUUAUCGUGAGCAGCCGCGACAGGAUCUACCUGUACGAGUACACGCAGUGUGUCCACGAAAACACCCAGCCCCGGUUCGCCUUCAUCGAUUUCCUGCCCUUCAAGUUCUUUGUGCAGCUAAACUUUGUCCCCGUGCGUCUGUGUCUGGCGGAGAACGUGAUUGCCUGCCUUAGUCAUCGCUACUGCGUGGCCUUCAAGGUGGUAGAUGCCCUGGCCAGUAGAGCAAGUGCUGGGCAGGAUGUGAGCUGCUUGGAUAAUGAUUACGCUGGCGGGGAUGAACCCCUCUCGGAGUCCCUGAGUCUAGGCAGCAAGGCCAGUGCCAGUGGAGGAGGCGGUGGUGUGGUUAGCUCCAGUCACAGCCAGCAGAGCUGCGAGAGUGACUCCCUGCAGUCGACGAGCAGUGGCAAACCUCCGCUAGCCAUCAAUGGAGCCCUGCCUGGACGAUCGCCACUGGAUUUCAACGUGGCCAAGCUGGUAAACAAUGCCUAUGGAAGGGAAUUCGAACCGGAGCUGCGCUCCCAGUGGGAUGAGACCGAGAACGGCGGCGGCAGAGGUCAGGAGGAUAACCAGGAGAUCACCAUUAGCCCCCAGCGAGCUGGUGAUAUUAAAAUCAAGCUGGUCAACGAAGCCAAGGCCAUGAAUGUCCGAGGCAUUGCCGGCGGCAGUCAUCUGGAGGAUGCCUCGGUGCAGUACGAUGUGCGGAAGCUGCUUCAGAUCUGUAUGAAGACCUCAGAGGCCCAGCCGCGUGUGCUGGAUAUCCUGCGCUGCAUGGACCUCAGGGCCAUCUACCAGAGGAGCAGUCAGGGCACUGAUCACGAGGACGACGAGUACGACAUGGGCAACCAGCAGGUGCCCAGUGCAGUGACCACCUUUAAGCACGUGAAUCGCCGCACGCUCAAGUCCUCGCAGCACCAGCGGUGCGUGGGACACGCUCUACUGGUGGCCAGCAGCGUUGAUGGCUAUCUGUACCAGUUCUCCGCCCAGGGAAAGUGGUACAGCGAGAAUGAGAAGCCGGUGGCCAGCUAUAGCUUCACGGCUCCCGUGAUUCAGGUGCACAUCAACGACUAUGUGGUGUACGCGGUGACUUCCGAGUCGGUGGAGACGCACACCUCACGCAUCGGCCACAAGCUCUUUCACAAUCGCUUCGAGUAUCCCUCGAUCGGGGGCUUGUUUCCCGAGGAAUCCGCCCCGGAUGUGAGCUCACCCAUUGCCGUGGUCGGUCUGGCUGCCUUUAUGCAUGUCCAGUUUGUGUGCGUUAAUCGGGAGCAGCUGGUGCUCAUCACCAACGCUGCUUUGGAACUGCAUAAGCGGCGUAGUAUGGGCGAGGUGCCUGGCAGCCAAGUGGUGACUGUUAAGCGGAACAUUGCGGCCCGCCUGCUGGCCGAGGCCAAGGCCAAGCACAGCAGCUUGCUGAGGAGCAGCAGUGCAGCCCAAUCUGCAACGGUUCCCAAUGAGUGGACGCUGUAUAACUUGGAAGUGCCCCGCGUGGAGUGCGUUAUUGAAGAUCUCGAGGGCAUUGCGGAGUCGUAUCGCAGUGCAAGUAGCUCAAACUUUUACGAUCUCAUGGAGGAGGCGCAUGUGAUGCUGCGCCUGAGUCUGACGCUGCAGGGCGAGCGUUUGGGGGCGGAAAGGGAGCAGCAGCUACGCCAGAUGUUUGUGGCCAACUGCAGGAAGCUGGCGGACUUUUCAAUAAGAUCUUGCAAGCAGGAGGUGUACCUCCAAGCCACUGGUUUCUACAAAAUGUGUCAGCUACAGUUGGUGGACAUCUUUAAUCACUAUGUGGAGCAGUUUCUGGACAGCGGAGAGAGUGUGUUGGACACCGCUCAGCUGGCGGGUUUGAUUUACACGGUGAAGCUGUUCCUGCUUGGCCUGGGAACGGACCGCCUGCGGUCUGCCUUUCUCAACCAGACAGUGCGUCCUUGCUUCACGCCCGCUCGGGUGAUCCAGCAAGGCUACAAGCAGGUGCCGCUCUCUCUGGAGUUUCUGAACAUGUUUAUUAAGCAUGCUCCUGCGGAUAUACCACAGAUCAUGCUGGGCUCGCCCGUGGUGGCGGACACCAUGAGCGGGGAGCUGAUCAACUAUUUGAAGUACUUGAACAAGCUUUCCCCCGAUGAGACGCUCCUGCUUGCUGUGACUGCCUGCCGCAUGUCCAACUACCUGCUGGCCCAGGAAAUCAUAGCCAAGUCCAGCAGACGCAGUCUGGCCACUGCCCUGAUCCGGCACAAGAAUGUUCUCUUCGACGACAGCACUGUGAUUUAUCAGCGACGCCAGCAGCAGCAGCAGCAGCCGGCUGACUCCCCGCAGGCUUCCAGCUUGCGUGGCAGAAAGUCCAGGCGGGGGAAGAAUAAGCCCGCUACUUUGGGCACACCCACUGCCAGUGCCAUCGUAUCCUUUUCGGACUUUUGCGAGACCAUUCUGCUGGCCAUCGAGCAGCCCGCCUUGAUCGAGGCCAUCAGCGAUGCCUUCAUCCACGCCCUGUGCAUCGAGCACAGCCUGACGCUGGAGGUGCUGCUGCAGCUGUUCCUCAACUACAUUGCUUCGCACAUUGGCCAGAAGGGUUACCAGACCUCGCAAAAGGUGUUUGUGAACAUCCUGCAGGUGUAUUACUACGAUCUCUACGACGUGAGCUCCGCGCUGCAGCCGCACGAGAUACGCUCGCAGACGCCGCCGCAGCUGGAUGAUGACUAUGAUGAGGAGUGUAGCAGUUCGAGGGCGCCUUCGCUGCACAGCGAGGCGGAUGCCCAGUCGCUGUCCAGCUCCUGUGCCAGUUCGGCUCAUGAGGAUCGUUCGGCUAGCUUGUCGGUCAGCGGCAGGCAGCAGCGCAUUGUCUAUGAUCAGCUGCAGGAGCAGCAGUCUUCGUCGCCUUUCCAGAAGCGCAACUCGAAUGCCUCGCUCUCCCAGCCUCAGGCCGAGGAUGAUUUGGCAGCCACCAAUCUCAAGGGUCUUAAGAUUCUCUUUCGCAUGUACAUGGGUCGGCUGAAGGCCCUCAGUGAUCUCAUUACCGACCUCCAGUCGGCGGAUGUGGAGCAGCAGUCCAGCCGUGAGGAGUUUAUGAACCUGCGCAUGGAGUGCAUCUCCUACAUGGUGGGCAUGGCUCCCAACUACACCGCCAAGCCGAACAUAAAAAAUCCCAAUGAUCCGCUGGCAGGCAAGCUAAUAUACGUACCCUUCAUGCCUGAUUACAAGUUGCCGGAGGGGGAGGAGUAUGAGCGCCACAUCAAGGGUUACAUACGACCCAUACCCUGUCUGCUGGAGCGACCGCAGUACCUGAAUCGGCUGCCGCCCUUCGAGCGCAGCGACUUUAGCUAUCCGAACAAGGAUGAGGGGGAGUUCGAGGUGCGCUUCCUCAGCUGGAGCAACGAGCUGCUAACGCUUACGUUGAAGAUCCAGAGUCUGCUGGCCUCUGCCAAAGUGGAUCGCGAGAUUAUCUCCGAGUUCCUGGCCUUCAUACAGAAGACGCCGCACUUGAUAGGCAUUGACAGUUUCCUGGUGAUUGUUCUGCCCAAGAAUUUGGCCAUCAACUAUCUGCUUAGCUUCUGUCCUGCCUACUUGUGGCAGUAUGGGAAGUCCUGCGGUUUUACCCCCAAGCACUGGGAGAGUCUUUUGCGGAAGAUACUCAGCAAGCAGGAGGCUUUGCCCAAUUGGAAGGCUCAUAUUACAGAGAUUCUCAACAAUCUGGUGGCCGAGCUGAGCUUCGAGGAGCUGCUGCAGUGCUUCCCCAGCGAGGUGAUUCAGAAUCGAAACACUGCCCAGUAUUUCGCCAAGGAAUUCGCCGAGACCUGCGUCCUCUACGAGCAUGAGGAGCUCGUCUUCAAGACGCCCGAUCGGAAGGAGGGUGAACGAGAGCACAUGCCCAUGGACAACAUAGACGAGGAUAAUGUCUUUGAGCUGACAUUGCGCAAGGCGGUGGCCAAGCAGCGAAGCAUAGCCCUGAGAUCCAUGAUCGAGUCGACGGGCACGCAGUUGUUUGAUGCCACCAGUAAUCCCAUGUACAACCUGUAGGCAUUCCACUUUGAACUAGUUCAAAACUAAAUUAUCACUUGGCGAAUCGAUAAGAUUGAUUGGAUAUUAAUCAAAAAGUAAUCCACGUAGCAGGCACUGUAUUGUAUUGUAUUUACGAUAUGUAUUUUGUAGCUUUAGGAUACACCACACCCCCAACAUUAUUUAUUGACAUUUUAGUUUGACACAAACGCAACAUUCGGUUACUGGGUGGGAUGAUUUAUGUAGAAACCCCCUUCUGGGCUUUAGGUUGUAACAAAAACAAACUCGCUCGAAGCCCUUCUAGGCGGUAUUGGCCAUAUUAAACCAGUUGGGAGAUCGGGGAGAGAUCUCCACUCGCUAUCCAAGUUUAUUUUAAACUUAGCUUUACUACCCCUCAAGUAUUUAUUCAUCAGUUUACUCUUCUCUAUACUCACCCACACACUCUUCUUACACGACUAGGCAUCAAGAUAAAGUGAUAUUUUUAAUUCUUGCAUUGAAUCUGAACAAUAAAAGCAUAAAUACAUUACAAA